UGACACUUGCUUAAAAAUAAGUAAAGGGAACCAAACGCCCCCUUAUUUUGCUGGCAUGACACAUCUGGACACUGGACAUAUGGAUUUUCUUGGGUCGAUGAAUAGCUUAUUGGACUCUCCACUUAUUAUCUUGGCUUUAAAUUUCAACAGUUCCUCUUGCUAAGGGCUGGGAAAGUGUUGCAAAUUUAUUUCCAUUUACGCAGUAUCUUUGAGUAAAUGGUAGCUAGUGCUGUUAUAGUAAAAAAUGCUGUGGAUUUGUGCCAGACAAAUAGGUUUUGAUGGUCUAUCGCUCUAUUAUUUUAGCGUGACUGGUCCAAAGUUUCAGGCAUUUAAUUUAUUUUAUCAUGUCAUACUUCCUCCCCCUUUUUUAACAGUAUGAAGGCCUAUCUAUCCAAGCAGCUAUCGAACAUCAAUAGCACUUCUUAUUUCUUUCAAAUAGCAAAUUAUUUUUCCUCACUUGAUCAGUGUAGGAAUAUCCUAAUACUUCAGAUAAUUUGAUCCAUCUGUCAUAAUAUAUCACUCUGCUUUACCUUGACUGUACAGCUUUCUGUUGACAACAAUUUCCAUGGUUUCUGAUAGACAUUUCUGAGCUCUCUGAGUGGAUCGAAUUGCAAAGAGUUGGUUGAUGCAAUGGGAGACUAACAGAAGUCCAAGAUUCCUUUCUCCCGGAUGGAUGGUCCCAGUUGAGUUGGACGUUUUUGGUGGGAAGGACAAACCAAAGCAGAGUGGGACGGGGGACAAGUACACGGCAGAAAACAACGGGAACACAGUUCGGCACACUGCAUCCAUCGCCGUACUGUGAAUUUUGACUUGCCAGGUACCCGCAGAAUCCAAUGCCCCUCCAGCCCUCCUCUCGCUAUCUUUCGGCCCCCUGCUAUCCUCACGUGAAACACCCUGCAGAACUCUUCUGUUCCUACAUUUGCCCAUGUUUUUAAUCCUUCUGUUUGUUUGCGACAAGUUUGAAAAGGAGAAAUAAGCUGUUCCUAGCUUACAACUUGAAUAACAGUUGAUUCUGUGAUGCAAACGGCCUUUUCAAAAUAUCAUGUGUAAGCUGUGAACCUGUUUCGUAUGGGUAAAAUUGAUUUACUUGCAAUAUAAAUUUAUACAUGGCAUACUUCCUCCUCGCCACUUUAUUCUUUCUGCCAUUCACCUCGUGCUAAUAAACUGUUAGCUUUUCUGAUCUUUACGAAGCUUUAGCUUUGUAUAAAAUGUCAUGCUCCACUAACCAAGUCAGAGCGUGUUUAGUUUGAGACUGAUGAGGGUGAGCCCACUAGCCAGCCGGCCAGCCCAGUUCGAGUUUCCUAGGCUCUAGCUGGCCCGCCAAAGCCGUCCAAUUUGCCGCGCCACGCCGCGCGGAUUUACGCAUCUGCCCCCAGGUGGAGUCCCAUCCCCCGUAAUUAAACCCGAGUGCGGGUGGCAAGCUCGAGGCGGAACGUUGACUCCUCUCCACUCCCCAUCCCCUCCACGUCAACACCGCGCCGCCACGUCACUUCUCCCCCUCCCUGCUCUGCGGCGUGAGGAGGGCGGGUGCGGACAAAACGGCCACCCACCAUACCAGCUCCACCUGGUACUAUGCACUUCAACCCCUCAAUUCAGAAACUAUUCACAUCGCGGUACUCCGGGGCAAGGAGUUUGCCUAGGCUCGUGUCUUCCCAUAUUUGCAGGGAAGACACUAAGGAAGAGUGCUUUUCUCAAACGGGCCCCUCACGGCUACUGCGCUGCGAGCCUGCGACUAGUAGUCAUAGCGCACGGCGCACUCACGCACGCCGCCCUCGUCUCCUCGGCCAGUGCGGCGUACUGGUAAAAAAAAAGAGGGCACUCGGAGUAGCUUGGCUAGUGCUCCACACCGUUCGCUUUCCCCCGCCGGAGACGGAGCCGGAGCCGGAGCGUCGGAUGCCAUGGGCAGCGGCGCGUCGCGGCUGCUCACCGCGUGCGCGUGCUCGCGGCCGGCGCCGGCGCCCGCGGACGACGGCCCGUGCCUGGACGACGCGCUCGGCCACUCCUUCUGCUACGCCGCCAACUCCGCCGCCGCCGCCGCGGGACACUCGUCCUCCUUCCGCCACGCCAUCUCCGGCGCCGCGCUCUCCGCCAACUCGUCCGUGCCCGUGCCGAUCUACCACUCGUCGUCCGCCGGCGGCGGGGUGCCGCCGCAGUACUCCUCCGCGUUCCACACAUCCUCGUCGUUCUCCUCCGCGCCGCUGCAGCUCUCCAACCUCUCCUCAGGGCCGCUCUUCCUCUCUGGGCCCAUCGACCGCGGCCCGCAGCUCUCCGGCCCGCUCGACCAGGCCGUGCCCUUCUCCGGCCCGCUCCCAGCGAAGCCCACCAAGCCCGCCCCCUCAUCGUCGUCGCGAGGCUUCUCGAGGAGGUUCCGGAAGCCGUCGUUCGGCAGCCUGCGGCGGAGCGUGUCCGAGAAGAACCGCCCGUGCGUUGUGCCGCUACGCCGCGAGGACGGCGUGCAGUGGGCGCACGGCCGCGCGGGGGAGGACCGCGUCCACGUGGUGGUCUCCGAGGACCAGCGGUGGCUCUUCGUCGGCAUCUACGACGGCUUCAACGGCCCGGAGGCCCCCGACUUCCUGGUCGCCAACCUCUACCGCUUCCUGCUGCGCGAGCUCCGCGGGAUCUUCUACGAAGAGGCCGACCCGGACUCCAAGCGACUGUGGCAGUUCCUGGCGGACGGCGACGACGACGACAGCGAGCUCGACUUCUCGGGCUCCGGCCGGUUCGCGCUGUCGCUCGCCAGGCUGAAGGAGCGGCGGCAUCCCAUAUGGGCCCACGCUGCUGCUGCUGGCGACGGUCAAAGCGGCAGGGAGUGGGAAGUUAAGAGGUUGACGGCUGCGCCGGCGGUGAGGGACCACAGUGCUGUACUGGCCGCGCUCACCCGGGCGCUAGCUGCUACAGAGUCGGCGUACCUGGACAUGACCAACCAAUCGAUGGGAACCCACCCGGAGCUGGCGGUGACCGGUGCGUGCCUUCUCGUGGCCCUGUUGAGGGACGACGACGUCUAUGUAAUGAACCUUGGGGACAGCCGCGCCAUCGUGGCGCAGCGGCGGGACGACGAUGAUGAUUGCGUGCUUGGAACCAUGCGGGUGGAGGACAUUGGUGUGGCCUUGGAGACCGAGACAAGGAUCCAUGGGUAUUCUGCGAUUGGGCUUGAGGCAUUGCAGCUGUCGACUGAUCAUAGCACAAGCAUUGAAGAGGAAGUGCAGAGGAUCAAACGUGAACAUCCAGAUGAUGAUCAAUGUAUUGCAAAUGACAGAGUUAAGGGCCGUCUAAAAGUUACCCGUGCUUUUGGGGCAGGGUAUCUCAAACAGGCAAAACUGAAUGACGGGUUGCUAGAGAUGUUUCGCAAUGAGUACAUAGACGGCUUAUAUCAGUACCUGAGCAACGAGGAGGUAGUUCUACAUGUUGAGAAUUUCAUGGAGAGGUUUCCUGAGGGUGAUCCUGCACAGAGUUUAAUUGAGGAGGUACUCUCCCGUGCAGCAAAGAAAGCCGGUAUGGACUUUUACGAGCUAUUAGAUAUACCUCAAGGGGAUCGCAGAAAAUACCAUGAUGAUGUCACCAUCAUGGUUAUUUCUCUCGAAGGGAGAAUCUGGAAGUCCUCUGGAACAUAUGUGUGAUGUUCAGCUGAUGCAUCGUCGGUGUCAGUAUUUAUUCUGAUGCAACGUUCAGCUGAAACCUCUUCAGCCGGUCAACACUCUCAGGCAAUUGCAUAUAUGCUCAUCAAGAGAGAAAAGUCAGCAUGGCAUACAGAUAUGCAGUCCUGAUACAAGCGGAAUUAUCCAGUUGGAGAUCAUUGCUGAUCCUGAUAUCAGCUUUGGCACAGCUUAUGCCCAUGAGUUAACUCCGAGACACAUUAAGGUUGCAGAGAUCUGACAGCCCAGGUGGGGAGGAAUUCCUUGGCAAAGCAGAGCCAAUUUCGCUUUGUUUGCUGCCACAGCUUUCGUCGGUUCCGUACUCACCGCUGACAAUUUUUUCCACCUCACUGUGCUGUCAUAGUGUGGGUGUUCCAUUCAUCCUUGGGGAAAGAAGACCUGUAGGUACAUGCAGUUUUUUUCCCAUUCGUGUGAAGAAUGAGCCUGUAUUAUAUGGAAAACUCGAACUGGUCAAUGGUCAUGGCGGAGAAAUUGAUGAUUGGCACCUCAAUUUGUCCUGAAGGUGGCUCUCCUUCGAGUCUUAGAUAGUUCUAUGUAUGAGAUUGAGGUCCCUAAAAGAAUGGGCCAGAUCUGUUAGUGGUCGCCUCCCGGCAAAAACUACCCAGUGCCUUCUUGCUCUUAGCAAGUUCCUUGCCUCAGAAAGGUUGAGCUAAAAGAUAUAUUUACGGGACUGUCUAUUCAUUCAUCGUGUGCAUGAAUAAGUCAUAAUGAUUUUUUUUUCA